AAUUCAAUUAUAACCAAAUUCACAUUGUAAAGACUGAUUAAAAAUCUGACAACUCCAAGACAAACAAGCAUAUAUGAGAUGAGCCAUUAACUAAGCCUAAGAAUGAUGGAAAUAGAAAUGAUACUGCAAACCACUUAUUAACAAGUCAUUCAGGAGUACAACUUAUAUAUAAACCUAAGAGUAACACAAGUACCAUCGAUGUCCAAUACAAUCAUCUACCAGAUAAUCCCUAAUAAGGAAAGCAUCAGAGAUCUUUACCACCUUCAUCUAGAAGGUGAUUCCGACCUUGGACUCGCAGUUCUUGAAACUGAUCUCGAGGUUCGACUUGCAAUCCUGCUUGGAGAGCGGCUGUCACGCCGUCUAGUUGAACUCUUGGUCUUUUCCCCAGGUGGUGGAGACACACUUCUUGAAUAGCUCCUCUUUGAGCUCCUUUCUUUAGGGGAAGCACUUCGGGAGUAGCUCCUUGAACUGGAAGGGCUGACGCUGCGAGAAUAGCUCCUCCUCUUUAAGCUCCUUCUUGACCUUGAUGGUGUAGGGCUUCGGGAAACAGAGGGUGAGUGGUGCCUCCUGUGAUAUCUGUCAUCCGGAGAAUCAUACCUUGAGUCAUAUGGAGAGUAGGACCUGUCCCGCCUCCUGUAGUACCGAUCAUCUCGUGAGUAGUGACGGUCACGCCUACGGUAGUACCGAUCAUCUGGAGAGUAAGAUCUGUCACGCCUUCUGUAGUGACGACCAUCAGGAGAGUAUGACCUCUCUCGCCUUCUGUAGUAGCGGUCAUCUGGUGAUCUACUGUAUGGAGAGCGAGAUCGAGAAUAAGACCUGCGUCUGCUA